AUGGCGCGCGAUGAUGACGACGGCGACGGCGACGCGCACUACGCCGGCCUGUUCCUGGACGCCGACGCGCGCCGAAAGGUGUGGGCGCUCGCGCACCGACUGCUGGGGAUGUCGUGCGCGCCGCCGGGCGCGAAAUCGUCGGCGGAUCACGUGACGCUCGCGCACGCGCCGGAUCGAGACGCGACGACGCGAGUGCUCGAGCUCGCGCGGCGACGGCGAUCGCGCGCGGUGACGGUGACGAUGACGCACGCGUGCGUGCGACCGCGCGCGAUGGUGAUGGCGGUGUCGAUCGAGAUGGAUCGCGAGCUGACGGGGCUGGAGACGCCGGCGACGCCGCACGUGUCGGUGUUCGCGCCGGAGACGAUGGAGUGGAGAACUCUGGGCGACGUCGUCGCGGAGGAUUUGGCGCGAGACGAGGGGUUGGAUUUGCGGGCGUUGGGCGCGAGCGAUGAGGCGCUGCGGUUGGAGUGUCGGCUAGGAGUGAAGAUGAGAGACGGCAGCGUCGAUUUUGGAUUCGGGGGCGAGACGAGCGAUUCGGGGCGGCACUCGGGAUCUUCGUCGGCGAUUCCGGGAUUGGCGAGUCCGACUAAGAACAAACACUCGUUGGGGCGAACGAGCGAGGCGGCACCGCGCGCGACGUCGACGCGACCGGAGUAUAUGACGAAGAAACAAAUCGCGGCGGCGAAGGCGAAGGCAAAGGCGCGCGAGGAGGCGCGGCCGUUGACGGCGGAGGAAAUGGCGGAACGCGCCGUCGCCGAGGCGAAAAAGCAGGCACUGAAGGAGGAAAAACGACGAAAUAACAUACGACGCGAGUACUUGAGCUUGUGCGAGAUGUUCGAGGAGCAUCAUCCAGAGUUUGUGAAGACGACGUUCAUUCGAUUUGGCUACGACAUGGAGGCGACGGCGCAAGAUUUGUUGGCCAGCAUCGCGCCGGACAUCGAGGACAUGUACGACAACGAUGAAUACUAUUCGGAGUACGAUACGGAAGACGACGAAUAUGGAUCCGAAUCCGAAUAUGACUCCGAACCCGAAUCCGAAGACAAUUCUUCCAAGAAGGAAGGAAUCAGCAAAGGGCUGAGCAAGAAGAUCCGCCGCGCACAAGCGAAAGCGCAACGUCGGAAAGCUCGUGAUGAGGAAACUACGCGCCGUCUCCAAGCCGCCGGAUUAGGUACCGACCGACGAGAGGUGACAAUCACGAGCGGGACGACUUGGGUCUCUAAGCCGCCGCCCAGCUCGACGCCGAAUUGGGAAGUCAGCGGGGCGCGCGCGGAAAUCAUAAACGCUGCAAAACACUUGGCGUUCCUACAAGGUCCAAAGGCGAAGACGCAGAGGUUAAGCGUAAAUUUGUCGGAUAGAAACGCCGCGCGUCUAGAAGAGCUCUCUGAAGAAAUGUCGCGCUUGCGAGUGCAGAGAGAUAGGGGCGAUACACGCGCCGCGGCGUUGCUCGGCGAAAAGGCGAAAUUGAAGCAGGCGCUCGAGUCGAUUGAUACCGAGGUUGUAGCACCUUCGACAGCGGACAACGAUAAUCGAGGCUUCAAUCGCGUCAUUGAUUUCCACGGUUACGAUAGGUUGGACGCGAUUCGACGUCUCGAGCGCGAACUGCUGAAGAUAGCGCCAAUGGGAAUCACAGCCGCGGCGGACGCGUUAUUCACGGCGACAUCAUGCGCUGGUUGACUCAGAACGGUAUCGCCUUUGACGAAGGACUCGGGCACGUCGUCGUGCGCACGAUGGCGUCCAUCAAUCAGUAAACCAGUUCC